AUGGAAAUAAAAUCCAAAAAAUAUGAUAACGAAAAUGACUACAAAUAUUACAUAUUACAAAUUGGACGAAAAUAUACCUAUCUAGGCUAUUCUGGGAUACACAAGCCAAUAUCUGUUUUCAACACUCCUAAUUUUUUUAUAUAUAACGAGGAUUUUCAUAAUUGUGAUAAUGAUGAAAAUAAAUUUGAUGAAAUGCUAAAGGGUUUUUCGAAAGUGGAAAGCAUCAAUAAUAAUGUGACUAAGGAAGAGAUGGAAUUAAAAAUGUGUAAAAUAAAAAGGGAAGAUAGUUCAGAAAAAGAUAAAACAAGUGAUUAUGGUAUUAAUGAGUUAUUUGAAAGUGGGGAUAAAAUAUGUGACGAAGUAUUAGAAAAUUAUGAAAAUGUGGAAAAAAUGAAAGAAAGCAAAAUAUAUCACUAUGAGUAUAAGUACAAUCAAGAUAUCAAUUUAUGGAAUAAAUUUUUUGAAGAAUUUUGUUUUAAAAUAUUUGAUAAAAUAAUUAAAACAAGUAAUAAAUCAAAAAAGGUUAUUGUUGUUAUGAAUAUGUUUAUCCCUACUAUAAUUAGAUAUUCUCUUUGUAAAUGUUUAAUAGAAAAUUUAAAUUAUCAUUCUAUUUCUUAUAUUAAUGAUUUAGUAUCUCCAUUAUUUUUAUGUAACUGUAAUACAUGUCUCGUAAUUGACUUAGGAUAUUUAAAUUGUCGAUUAUUGCCAAUAAUGAAUGGUCUUCCAUUAUAUCAUCAUUAUACUUAUGUAUAUAAUGGAGGGUUUUAUAUAAAUCAAGAAAUAAAAAGGUUAUUAAAAGAGCAAUACAUAAAAGGGAAAAUAACAGAAUUGGCUAGUCGUAAAAGUACUUAUGAAUCUGGUAACUUUUCAUAUGUAGACAAAAAUAUGAAAACAAAUGAUGGAAAUGAGAAAGAUGAAAUAAAUAUGAAUAAUUAUAACAUUAAUAGCGAAAUUUUGAUCAAUGAAAAUGAGUCCGAAAAUAUAUUUAGAAAACAUUUAGAAAUGUAUGAUCUUGAAACAAUUUUAAAUGGUAUAGAAAAUAUUUCAGAUGAUGAAAUUGAAGCUAUAAAAAUAAAAUAUUGUUAUUUAAAAAAUGAAGAAACAAAACUUAUUAGUGAUAAAUAUAUUUUAUAUAAAUUACAAAAUAGUGAAAUAAUAAUAACACCAGAAACUCGAUGGAAAGCUUGUGAAAUAUUAUUUAAUAAGAAAAAUGAUCAAAAUAUAUAUUUUUUAUUAUCAAAUAUAUUGGAUAAAUUAAAUACUUUUGAAAUAUCUGUUUUUCAAAAUAUUUUAUUAGUUGGAGGUUGUAGCAAUAUUAAAGGAAUUGUUUCAAAAAUUGCAAAGGAAUUUUCUCAAAUUAUAAGAAAAAAAAAUACACACACAAAAAAAAAUAAUAGCUGUAGUCAAAUUAGCGGAAAAAAUAAAAAUACAUAUAUAGAAAAAAUAGAAAAUAAUAUGAAUUUUAUAUUUCCUAAAAUAUCUCCAAAUUUAAGGCAAUUUUUAGGUGCUUCGAUUUGCUCAAGUUUAGAAAAUUUACCUGAUUAUAACAAUGAGCACAUAUAUAACAAUGUUUUAUAUGACCAUUUAGAUGAGGAUGUCUACAUGACAUUUAAAAGAUAA